AUGACCACCGCUGCGACGGCGAGGUUCAUUCGCGGACCGCCACCUUCCCCACCCCAGUCGACUGACGGCGAUCCCACCUCCGACGCUCAUCGGAACGCCUGUGGCAUGCUCCAGUCAGUCUACGGUCACCAUGACGCCUAUGCAGCUUCUGCGUUACAUGGAAACCACCAUGCACCUGGUGAGGUGACAUACGAACACAGAUCACACUCCCAGGACUACAUUUCUUCCUCAUCACAGUAUGUGUCUUCCGGUGAAUAUCCUCGAACUUUGUCGAUGCAGAACCCGAUGGCACCCAAUGGCCUUCAGGUUAACACGCCACCUCCAGCUGCAGAUGAGGCUCUGGUAGCAGACUCAGUGUCACGCUGGAGCUCUCCUCCGACCCAUAAGCAGGUGACAAGAGCAAGGGUUGCCCGGUCACCGAGAGUGCGUCGCAGAAAGAACAAGAAGGAAACGAAGAUCCAACUCAAUGGCCCUCUGAGCGAGAUCACAAAGCAUCUUACCCAUAUCCCGAUUGGAGACAUGGAAUCUUUGGUAAAUCGGCCCAUGGAAGAGCGACACAAGGCUGUGCUCGAGAAGAAUGGAAAGGUCGCCAGGCCGAUGAACUCAUUCAUGCUCUAUCGAUCGGCAUACGCGGCCCGGAUCAAGCAUUUGUUUGGACAGAACAACCAUCAAGUGGUGUCCGAAGCAGCGGGUAACAGCUGGCGGAUGGAACCCCGGGAAAUUCGCGAGAAAUACGAGCUUCUGGCCAGUAUCGAGAAGAGCAACCACCUGAAGGCGCACCCCGGGUACAAAUUCUCACCAUCGAAAGACAAGAAGAAGCGACCUGGGAGCGAAGAUGAACGUCCAUUAGCCAACACGCCUGGCUCCAGUCCUGCUUUGCUCCAAACCCGUGCCAUGAGCUCGUCGGAAGUCGGCAGCAGUGGCUGGGAGAGCCGCGAAAUAACACCUUUCGACUUUGCCGACCAUGGCCUUUUGCCUUCAGAUGGCUAUCUCACUUCAUCCGCCUGGCAUGCAGCCAACCAUGGACGAUCGCACCCUGGCAUGAUACCUUCCUCCGAACCGUCACAUUACCUACAACAGACGAUCCAUGCGGCCCUCAUGCCACACGUGGAAGAUGUCCGGUUCAAGAAAUCUAGCCUGCAUGGAAUCCAAUAUGCUACAUCGUCUACACCGUUGGCCGCCCUUCCUGGUGCUUCGCAUCAUGAUCUUCUUCAGCCGUCCACCUCCAUGCCGAGUGAUGGACAGCUGGACCCCCAACUGUUGACACUGCAGACCGAGCUCCAAAGCCCGAGUCAGCUGUUUGGCGGCUCACACUACCUGUGGCAAGAGUCGCCGACCAACUGCUACCCCCCUGCCACAUCGUCGCUGGCCCCUAAUUCAGUUCAAUAUCCGGCGGGAACCUAUCCACCUGGGUUGCACUCUCUGGAGACCGAUCCAACUCUGGAUGGUCCCAAUGGCGAGUUUGACACCUGGAUCAAUCAGGGCACAGCAUACUAGGGAUUAAUUGAAAAUAGUGACGACGGUGAUGAAAGCCCCUCUAGGGUGUACUUGCUAUCUAAUAUUAGUUCUUGAGGUGGACACUUGUUUAUUUGCAAUUUCUCAGGACGGAGUUUCCAAGGCAUGGGGUUGUCACUCUAAAAGGUGACCUGGCGCUUUAUUUAUUAUUUACCCUAGUCUUGAUUCCACCCCAUCUUGUCUGUUGACUGGGAUCUUCUUUCGGGACUUUGGGUUAUGGCAUGACACGGACGGUUAUGGUAUGGAUAUGGCCUUUUGUUUUGUGGGUGGCAGUUCUGUUGGAACUAUUGUGAUUCUCUCAUGGUAGUUACGGCUUUGAUGCAUUAGAUCAUUUGGACAUUGCAUGAUCACAGGAGGAUACCAUCACAGUCAAUUUAUUUUUCUCUUUUACCAUGUGCUUUCGGUAGCUGCGUGUUCUAGGUUCAUUGAGUUGGAUUUC